AUGGCACCUCACGUUUGGCUCAUCACCGGAAGCACCUCGGGCUUCGGCGCUGAGUUUGUCAAAGCAAUCCUCGCAAAAGGAGACAAGGUCAUCGCGACGGCUCGCGACAUCUCAAAGAUAGUCCACUUCCGUCAGGCUGGCGCAGCCGUGUUGAAGCUGGACCUUCUGGCUAGCCAGUCUGAGUUUGACAGGGUGGCCCAAGAAGCGCUGGGUAUCUAUGGCGGUGUUGAUGUUUUGGUUAACAAUGCUGGCUACUCGCAUUUUGGAACAGUCGAGGAUGACAGCCAAGAAGACUGGAACAAAGUCUUCCAGACUCACGUCUUUGGACCUCUCGGUAUAACACGAGCCUUCCUGCCUCAUUUUCGAGCUCGCAAGUCCGGAACAUUUGUCUUCAUGGGCUCUACGGCUGCCUGGGGAGGUAUCCCUACCCUAGGGGCAUACUGUGCAUCCAAGAGCGCGUUGAGAGGUGCUGUCGAAACGCUUGACCUCGAGGUCAAGUCCAUUGGGAUCAAAACCCUACUAGUCGAGCCGGGAUUCUUUCGCACCGAACUGCUCAACGCCAAAAAUACGGUCUACGUGGACACGAAGAUCCCGGAAUACAAGUCCACCGUCGAUUCACUGUAUGCUCAGUUCAAGGGAGCGCAUCAUCAGCAGCCUGGAGACCCCGCAAAAGGGGUUUCUCAUAUCAUUGAUCUGGUGGAAUCUUCAGGCACUGCUCAAGGACGGUCAUUGCCAAUCAGCUUGGCUCUGGGACCAGACGCAGUGGUUCAACUGCGCAAGAAGUGCGCUGACACGAUCGAGCUCUUGGAUGAAUGGAAGGAAGUUUCAUCUGACACGUCGCUCUAG